AUGAGAUGCCAGCUCUUUCCCACUCGUCUGCAUUCGCCCAUCAUCCUUCGAAUCACCCUCCUUCCCUCCUCAUCAGCCAAAACGAGCCUCCCGCCUCCCACCGCCAAACCCCUCCCCAUAGCCAGCAAGGUCCAGCCCACCACCACCCCCAAUAUCGCUGCCAUCCCUCUUACAGCCUGCCAUACCCUCCUCCAGCGUCUGGCCCUCCUCAGUCCGAAAAACGCCCGACUCAUCUCCCAAUACACCACGCAACACCCUACAUCCCCUCCGACCCCUAGCGGUCCACCCCCUACCCAAUGCGCUCCGUCCUCCACGCAGAAACCCAAUCCGUUCCUACCCCUACUGGAAGGUCUCGAGGACUUCCUCACCGGCUGUGAUGGGGAGUUCAUCCCCGCGCAGGACCUCAAGCGCACGCGACCACGCUCCCCCUCGCCUAGCACCAUCGUCCUCGUCAAUGCCUUGGAGGCGGUGUGCGAGAUCAUGCAGAUGAUGGUCGACGACUCCAGCAUCGACCUCACCUACAUGUGUUGGGACAACAAGCCUUUGGAGCUGUCGGUGGCGGCGGAGGAGAUCCUGAGGCAGCUGGACGGCAGGGGAGAAGAAGACGACCUGCGUUCAAAGGCUGUGAGGCAGAGGUACACUAGUCUGUCGGAGGAAGUGGGAAAGGCGAUGCGAGGGGAGCGGCCGAGGGAGUACGAUAUGGACGAUUACUAUGACGAUCAGUAUGACUGGGACUGCUAG